CCAAAGAAGAUAUGGAUUUGUACAAAGAGAAAAAAGCGUUAUACAAGUUUGCGUUGAGGGAACAAUGGGAGUAUGUGGGCGAGGUAUGUAAGGAUGCGAGGCAGUUCGUGCUUCCGAUCAAUAACGGUGGAGACACGGCGUUGCAUUUGGCAGUGCACAGUGGAAAAGAAGAACCUUUAAAAACCUUUCUUGCGCAGGUGAUGGAGAUGGAGUACACAGAGCAUUGGAAGAGCUACGUUGAAAACACACCUCUACAUGAAGCUGCCAGUGUAGGGAAUUUGGGUGCUGUUAAGCUCUUGGUUGAGUUAAGGAAGGAGGAUUUGUUGGAGGUGAACAUUUGGGGUGAAACGCCUUUGUAUAGGGCAGCCAGAUAUGGGAAACUUGACAUCGUUCAAUAUAUUUUGAAUGAUUGUGAAGAUUUUUACGCUCGAUCUUCCCUAAACUGGACGGCAAAGGGUACUCCAAUCAUUCAUGCAGCCAUUCAAAGCGAGAACUUUGAGAUGGUUAUGAUGUUGGUGGAUUUCGACAAGUCACUGUUGGAGAUGAAGGAUCCAAACAAGCAGACGGCUCUCCAGGAUCGAUGUGUUGGGCUCCACAAUACUGCACCACGUUGGAAUCACUAAAUUCCUCCAUCAAUCCAUCCACCCAUGGUCCAGCAAUACAGCUUCAACAUGAGCUCGAGUGGUUCGAUCGCGUCCACAAAGUGCUUCCAGUGCUUUACAACAUGCAUUAUAGCAAGAAUAAAUGGAGACCCCGGGAAGGAUUUGAUUGAUAAAGCCAAAGAAUGGGUCAAGAAAACCUCCCAGUCUUGCUCUGCUGUUGCUGUCCUCAUGGCCUCGGUCACCUUCGCCGCUGCCUUCACUGUCCCUGGUGGACUCAACUCCAAAACUGGCUCUCCGGUUCUCCUCUCUAACCCUAUCUACAUGUUGUUCACCGGCUUGGACAUCACCUCCCUCAUCUCAUUGCUCUCCUCCUUGAUUCUGUUUCUCUUGAUCUUGACCUCGCCUUUUGAGAUCGAUUCUUUUCGACAAGAAUUGCCAAUUCAAUUGUCCUUGGGAUUGAAUCUGUUGUUCUUGUCGGUGGCGAGCACGAUGAUUGCAUUCGCUAUGGCCGUCGUCCUCACAAUGAAAUCGACCAACAUGGUAUGGGCGGAGUGCCUUUUGUAUUUGGUCACACUUGUUCCAAUAAUCAUUUUUAUAGUAAUGAAGUUGCCGCUGUUGCUGGAGCUGGAGAGAAAUGUUCAGAAGAGUCUACAAUUCCUUUGGAAGUUGCUUCCCAUGGGUUUCCUCACCAUAUUUUUUGAGAUUCCUUCCAAAUUUUUAAGCAACAAAUCUACCUAAUUUUCAUGGCUGGAUUUGGGAGCGGAUAUAACUGCAGUUGGAUACGUCAUAAACUACUUCCUUUUCUUACCUUAAUUACCUGUGAAGUUUGUGUCGCACGUAAUGUUCAAAA